AUGUCUUGCGAGAUUCGCCAUCCCGUUGCGUUCGAAACUCUUCUCCUCGCCGGCUUCCUUCUAGGCAUCGCCAUUUACGCGAUCACAUUUCAUUUUCUCAUCAAUCAAUGCCCGAAGCAUUUUCAAAAAUUUCGAUAUUUAUUGAUUUUGCAAGUCGUUGGCAAUCUGAUAUCCGACGUCAACAUUUCAUUUUUGUGGACGCCGAAAUUCAUUCUACCGUGGAUGGCGAUGUGCUCGACGGGACUCGCCACCGAUUUCCCAUUCGGCAUGUUCUUCGUGAACUACGCCAAUUUAGUUUAUGUCUCCUCUAUAAUCGUCGUCAUGUUCGAGUAUCGUCUGAAGGCGGUUGCGAUGAAUCGGCGGCUUCUCAAAUAUGUCAACGUCGACAAAUACAUUACCAUCGCUGGACUGGCCAGCAACACGGCGCCGCUGCUUUUCUGCCGCGAGCGAAUGACGAGCUUGAAUUUGAAGCUGAGAAUCAAUGAGACGCGUGGUCCGUUGCCCGACGAGGCCUUCUGCGCCCAAUGCAUAUUCAUCGCCGAUUGGGACUUCACGCCGUUCUGGGUGUUGCUCGUCGUGUGCCUCGCGACGUGCGCCCAUCUCGUGGCGUUUCUCCACUUUUGCGCCAUCACCACAUUUCUGAAAUUGAACGCCACCAAGUUGAUGGUGUCGGAACGCACGCGACGCCUUCAGAAGGACUUCUUGCGGGCGCUAGUCGUUCAGGUGUUGGUGCACGUUUUGCUUCUAAGCGCGCCAAUCGACUGCUUCAUUUUGGCGCAUUUCGUCGAAUUUCGCCAUCCGUUUUUCACCGAAUUCGUCAUGUACACGAUGACGUUCAUGUUGGCGCAACACGGCUCCAUCUGCACGUUGACAAUCCUGGUGACGAGUAGGCCGUUUCAUCGAAAAACCGCCAAAAAAAAGCUGCUAUUCGCCGGCUUCGCGAUGGGAUUGCCCAUUUAUGGGAUCACUCUUCAUUUUCUCAUCAGCAAAAGCCCGAAACAAUUUCAAAAAUUUCGAUAUUUAUUGAUUUUGCAAGUCGUUGGCAAUCUGAUAUCCGACGUCAACAUUUCAUUUUUGUGGACGCCGAAAUUCAUUCUACCGUGGAUGGCGAUGUGCUCGACGGGACUCGCCACCGAUUUCCCAUUCGGCAUGUUCCUUCUGAAUUCGACGAACACUGUUUACAUGGCGUCGCUGAUCAUUCUCAUGUUCGAGCAUCCCUUAAAAGCGGUUGUGAUGAAUCGCGAGGCGAAACUUCGAAAAUGCGUCGAAAUCUUGAAAUGCGUGGUGAUCGCCGGCAACUCGAGCACCCUCGUCCUACUGGUUCUCACACGCGAGCGAAUGACGAGCUUGAACUUGAAGCUGAGAAUCGACGAGACGCGUGGUCCGUUGCCCGCCGAGGCCUUCUGCGCCCAAUGCAUAUUCAUCGUCGACUGGGACUUCACGCCGUGCGUUCUGUUGGCCGUCGUCACCGUCGUCUUCACGGCGAGCACCGUCGGCUUGGUGUCGUUUUGCGUGUUGCGAACGUACAAAAAUCUCAAAAAUCUCAAAAUCGUCAUGUCGGAGGCGACGAGACGCCUUCAAACCGAAUUUCUCACCACCAUCGUCAUUCAGGUGUCGGUACAUUUUUUGCUUCUAAGCGCGCCAUUCGACUGCUUCAUUUUGGCGCAUUUCGUCGAAUUUCGCCAUCCGUUUUUCACCGAAUUCGUCAUGUACACGAUGACGUUCAUGUUGGCGCAACACGGCUCCAUCUGCACGUUGACAAUCCUGGUGACGAGUAGGCCGUUUCAUCGAAAAACCGCCAAAAAAGUGGCUCUUCAGAUGUCAUCUGUGAAGGUCGCCGUCCGCGUGCGACCCUUCAAUCAGCGGGAAAUCGCCAACAGCUCGAAAUGCGUCCUUCUAGUCAACAACCAUACAACAACCAUAAAUGGAAGGGAGAUUGGAAAAGAGACGCACAGCUUCAAUUUCGAUCAUUCCUACUGGUCAUUCAACAAGAGCGACUCAAAUUUUGUAUCGCAAAAGCAGGUUUAUGAAGAGCUUGGUGUUGAAAUGCUCGCCCAUGCCUAUGAAGGGUAUAAUGUGUGCAUUUUCGCGUAUGGUCAGACCGGCAGCGGAAAAUCGUACACGAUGAUGGGAAAAGCCAACGAUCCGGAGGAAAUGGGAAUUAUUCCGCGACUUUGCAAUGAUCUAUUCGACAAAAUCGAUAAUAAUAAUGAUAAAAGUAUUCAGUAUUCUGUCGAGGUGUCUUAUAUGGAAAUUUACUGCGAGAGGGUCAAAGAUUUACUGAAUCCCAAUUCCGGUGGAAACCUUCGAGUUCGCGAACACCCACUACUUGGUCCUUAUGUCGACGAUCUUACUAAAAUGGCGGUUUGCUCGUACCACGACAUUUGCAACCUCAUGGAUGAGGGAAAUAAAGCAAGAACGGUGGCUGCAACCAACAUGAACUCGACGUCAUCCCGCUCGCACGCGGUGUUUACAAUUGUGUUGACGCAAAAGCGGCAUUGCGCCGAGACGAAUUUGGACACGGAGAAGGUCUCAAAAAUCUCGUUGGUUGAUUUGGCGGGCUCCGAGCGCGCCAACUCGACAGGAGCCGAAGGGCAACGUCUCAAAGAGGGCGCCAACAUCAACAAAAGUCUAACAACACUGGGAUUAGUGAUCAGCAAAUUGGCAGAAGAGAAAAAACGAAGCAAAGGGGUGAUACCGUAUCGCGACUCGGUUUUGACGUGGCUUCUUCGCGAGAACCUUGGCGGCAAUUCGAAAACCGCCAUGUUGGCGGCCCUCUCGCCGGCCGACAUCAAUUUCGACGAGACGCUCAGCACAUUGCGAUACGCGGAUCGCGCGAAGCAGAUCGUGUGCCAGGCGGUCGUCAACGAGGAUCCGAACGCGAAGCUCAUCCGAGAGCUCAAAGAGGAGGUCUACAAGCUGAAGCACAUUCUCGAGGACAAGGGCAUCGACAUCACCGACGUCGAGGAGCCCGGAAAAGAGCACAAGCGGUCGUCGAAAUUCAGCGCAAAAGACCACGACACGAUCGAGCAGCUGAAAGCGUCGGAGAAGCUCAUCGCCGAGCUCGACAAGACGUGGGAGCAGAAGUUGCGGCACACCGAGGAGAUACGAAGGCAACGCGAGGAGGAGCUUCGCGAGAUGGGUCUCGCCACGCUCGACGACGGCACCGCUCUCGGUGUGUUCAGCCCGAAAAAAUUGCCGCAUUUGGUGAACCUCAACGAGGAUCCAUUGAUGUCGGAAUGCUUAAUUUACUAUUUGAAAGAGGGAGUUACGAGCGUUGGCCGACCGGAAGCCGAAAAACGUCCGGACAUUCUGCUCUCCGGUCAAGCGAUUCUCGACUAUCAUUGCGAGUUCAUCAAUGAGGACGGCAGUGUGUCGCUGGUGCCGAAAGACGGCGCGCAAGUGUUCGUCAACGGCAAACCGAUAGCCGACGCGACGGUGAUCCACACCGGCUCGCGUGUGAUUCUCGGCAAAUACCACGUGUUCCGCUACAACGAUCCGCAAGAAGCGCGUCAGAGUCGACACAAUCUCGCCGCGUUGACCGACCAGCCGCUCGACUGGAAGUACGCGCAGCAAGAGUUGCUCGAAAAGCAGGGAAUCGAUUUGAAGGCCGAAAUGGAGAAGAAGCUUCUCGAAAUGGAGAGCCAAUAUCGACGCGAGAAGGAGGAGCUCGAGCUGAAAAUGUUGAGGCAGACGAAAGAGUACGAGACGCGCAUCGAGAGCCUCCAGCGGCAAGUGGAUCUCGCGCAGAGCAUGAUCUCAUCGGUGGGCUCGACGUGGGAAGGCGAACGAUUCCUAACAUCGUCGCUAAUGGAAUUCGCCGAAGAGCUCAAAUGGACGUCGGAUCAGGAGCGCGUGGUGCGAAAAGCGGCCAUCAAAUGGCGCUACCAUCAGUUCACGUCAGUCCGCGACGAUUUGUGGGGCAACGCGAUAUUCGUGAAGGAGGCGAACGCGAUAUCGGUGGAACUCAAGAAGAAGGUCCAAUUCCAGUUUGCGCUUCUCACCGACACCAUGUACAGUCCGCUUCCGCCGGACCUUCUGCCGCCCGGCGAGGAUCUCACCCUUCGUCCCUAUCCGAAGACGGUCGUCGCGAUUCAAGUGCAAGACCUCAAGAAUGGCGCAACGCAUUAUUGGAGCAUCGAGAAGCUCAAGCAGCGGCUCGAGGACAUGCGAAUGUACUACAACUCGGAAUUGUCGGUGGCGGGCACGCCGGCGGCCGACGCGCCGCCGUACCCGUCGAUCGCCGAAGGCUGGCUCGCCGCGCUUCAUCUCAAUCCGGCGCGUCUCGUUCCCGACAGGCAGCGUCUUGAAGCGAUGCGCGACAUGUACGAGACGGACGCGCAAAUGUCGCCGACCGGCCACGACGAUCCGAUGAUGGACGCGCUGAUGGGCACCGAUCCGUUCUACGAUCGAUUCCCGUGGUUCCGAAUGAUCGGAAGGGCGUUCGUCUACCUCAGCAAUCUUCUCCACAACGUGCCGUUGAUCCACAAGGUGGCGGUGGUGAACGAGAAGGGCGAAGUCAAAGGAUAUUUGAAAGUCGCCAUCGAGCCGGUCGCCAAAGACGCCGUCGACACGCAGACGAAGGGCGUUCGCCAGACGGCGAAACUUCACUUCAGAAAAGAGGACUUCUUGAAGGCGCACGCCGAUGACGAUCAAUCGGCGACGGAGCUCGAAUUCCCGCCGCAUAUGCAAGAGGACGUCGAGUUCUGCUUCAGGGUCGUCGUGUUGCAAGCGAUUGAUGUUGCUGACGUCUAUUCGGACGUCUUCUGUCAAUUCAAUUUUUUGCAUCGCCACGAUGAAGCGUUCUCAACGGAGCCGAUGCGCAAUGGAAAAUCGCCGCUGAGCUUCGAGCACACGCAAAAUUUGCACAUCAAAAUGAGCCGCACGUUUCUGCAUUACGUCCACCAUUUUCCGAUCAUCUUCGAGGUUUUCGGACAUUUUCAACCAAAAGCCGAAGGAUUCCAUUUCGAGCGGCAAAAUAGCGCACUUGGACGACGACUCUCGACGAAGCUCACGUUUCAACAACCCUCUCUCGUCAUCUCGACGCCGGUGAAGAGCAAAAAAGCGAAUGCGCCGAUUCAGAAUAGAGAAGUCAAAAUAAUUUUCUUUUGCAGCUCAAAUUCCGUGAAAUCGAAACACGAUCUACUAGUGUGGUUCGAGAUUUGCGAACUAGCCAAUAAUGGUGAAUACGUGCCGACGAUUGUGGAUCACGCUCAAGGCCUUCCGACGCACGGCGUCUUCCUGCUUCAUCAGGGCAUUCAGCGGCGCAUCAAAAUCACAAUUUGUCAUGAAAAAUCGGCCGACAUCAAAUGGAAGGAUUGUCAGGAGUUGGUCGUCGGCCGAAUCCGUUCGGGACCCGAAUGGGCCGGCGGCGACGACGUCGACGUGUUGAGUCUCGGCCUGUUUCCGGGCACGUUUCUCGAGUUCUCGAUGGACGAUCGCACGUUCUUCCAGUUCGAAGCCGCCUGGGACUCGUCGCUUCACAACUCGCCGCUUCUCAAUCGCGUCUCAAACUACGGCGAUCAGAUCUACAUGACGCUUUCCGCUUAUAUGGAGCUCGACGGUUGCGCUCAGCCGGCCGUCAUCACCAAAGACCUCUGCCUGUUGAUCUACGCGCGCGACUCGAAAAUCUCGGCGGCGAGCCGCUUCUGUCGGAGCCUCAUCGGCGGCAUUUCGAAGAGUCCCGAAAUGAAUCGAGUGCCCGGCGUCUAUCAAUUGUGCAUGAAGGAUGGGUCCGACUCAGGUAGUCCAGGCGCGAUUCGACGCCAACGACGCGUUCUCGACACCUCGUCGGCGUACGUGCGAGGCGAAGAGAAUUUGGGACAAUGGCGACCGCGCGGCGACUCGCUGAUAUUCGAGCAUCAAUGGGAGCUCGAGAAGCUCACGCGUCUUCAGCAGGUCGAACGCGUUCGUCUCUUCUUGCGUCUCCGCGACAAGCUCAAAGGCAAAACGCGGCGCGGCGAGGCUCGAACGCCGGUGAGCCCAUGCGAUCCGGUGUGCGCGAUUCCCGAAACAGUCAAGCUUGAUGAGACGGAGAAAGGCAUCGUCGGCAAAGUGCUUGAUCUGAUUCGCCGCCGAAUUCCGAUGAACAAAGAUCCGCCGACGGGAAGCAAAGCGGCGGAUCUGAGCGACGAGAGCGGCUCGAACAGCAUCACGUCGCCGAUAUCAUCCGACAAAUCGCUGAUCAAAACAUCGCAAUCGAGCGAUCUUCUAUCGCGCCAAAAAUCGAAAUCCGAUCAGAAUCUCGCGCAAAACGACGACAUUCUCGAUUCGGUCGGCAUGAAGCGCAGCCUCAGCGGCUCGCGCAUCCUUCAACUCGACAUCGUCGUGCCCGAAGUGAUCGAGGAGCGCGUCGGCGUCGUCGUCUCGAAAAAAGGCUACAUGAAUUUUCUCGAGGAGAAAACGCAAGGCUGGACGCGUCGUUGGGUCGUCGUCCGCCGUCCCUACAUUCUGCUGUUUCGCGAUGAUCGCGAUCUCGUUAUCCGCGGCAUCAUCAAUCUCGCCAACGCGCGCAUCGAACACUCGCCGGAUCAGCAGGCGAUGGUCAAAGUGCCGAACACGUUCUCGGUGUGCACGAAUCAGCGCGGAUUUUUGAUGCAGAUGAUGCCCGGCGAUGAGAUGUACGACUGGCUCUACGCUAUCAAUCCCCUAAUGGCCGGACAAAUGAAGCUUCAAUCGCAGCAAGUGAAGAGCUCGAACGGCUCGGCCGUCAAAUCGCCAUAA